AUACAUUGUCUACUUUAGUAAUGAAGUCUCUCUUUGUGUUCACUCCAAGUAUUAGUUCAGAUUUUGGCCAAAAUUAUGUUCAUUUGGGCCGUGAAUUAAAGCUAGAGUUAAAACAAUUAUUAGCUAAGGAUGGGAUUUUAAUAUAUCCGACAUACCCGGAACCGCCACCAAAACAUAUGUCAACAAUUGUUAAACUUCCUAAUAUUUCCUAUACGACUGCAAUAAGUACAUUAGGAGUACCGGUAACUAACUGUCCAUUAGGUUUAACAAAAAGCGGAUAUCCAAUAGGUUUACAGAUUGUGGGUUCACCAUUCAAUGAUCGCUUGACUAUAGCUGUGGCCAAUGAGUUAGAAAAGGCAUUUGGAGGCUGGGUAUCACCAACUAAUAUAGUUUGCUAAUCAU